CAGUACAGUACAUGUCAUUUGUUUUGUUCUGAUAAAAAAAAAGUCUUAGCCUUCUUUAUCCUCACUACAUCAAUACAAAGUCCAAAUGUCUUUAAAGGAUGCUAACAAAUGAUGUUACCGUUCUUUGCGUCAGCGCUCCACUCUUCCAUCUCGCCGUUAAAUGAGCAUUGAAGACGACGAAGAUGAUGAAGAUCCAGGCUCCUUAUGGGAAACAGCUGCUGGUGUGUUUACUCCUGCUGCUGAUUGAGGGAUUACAGGGCAGGGUAACAGCACCACAGCACCUGGAGGCUCCAGUGGAGAAGCCCUUCACUCUGACCUGCACCCUCUCCAGGGAACGAGGUGAAUCUCUGAGGCAGGUCCGCUGGCUGGAUGUGGAGAACCAGACCCUGCUGAGCUACCAACCUGGCAACAGAGACAGCGUGAGCGGACAGCAGCACGUAGAGUUGGCCUCUUCUCCCAAGGACUCCUCGGCCAUCACCCUGCACAGGGUGAGCUUCCGCGACGAAGGCUGCUACACCUGCAUCUUUGAGCUGCACCCCUCUGGUCCGAAGCAGGGUCAAAUCUGCCUCACUGUGACCUCACCAGUCAAGGCUGACGGCAACCAAACAGCAGUGAGUGGUAAGAAGGUGUCCUUCUCCUGCUCCUAUGGUUUGCCUGAGAAGGUGCAGCAGAUCAUAUGGAGGUACACUCCAGCACACGGUGACCCCACAGAUGUGGCCUCCUACGCAAAGCACGGUGACCCCAUGAUUGAGCCACCGUACCAAGGAAGAGUGUGGUUGAGUGCCUCUCUGUCUGACAGCCAGCUCACCAUCCAACCUGUGUCCAUCCAGGACGAGGGCUGCUACACCUGCCUGUUCGAGAUGCAUUCUGAAAAAGCCAAGAGUUCCAGAGUGUGUCUCUCCACCUAUGUGCUGCCUAAACCCCAGGUCAGCUACAAGACCACCACUCCAGGUGUGAUCGAGUCCAACUGUACCUUAGUGUCACGACCUCCAGCAGAGAUCGUGUGGAACGUGGAGGGAGAUAAUCGCACCAUCGGCCCCCCGGUGACCACACAGCUCCUGCAGCAUGAUGGGACCACCCUGGUGGUCAGCACACUGACCGUCCAAUCAGGGCUCCUCAAAGAUGUGUCCGUCAAGUGUCUGGUGCAUCACAAGGGCCUGGAGUCGCCAAUUGCUGUUUCCAUGAACACGAAGAUUGGAACAGCUCUCACCAUCCUGAUCUCUGUCACCACUGUAGCAGCUCUGUUGGUCAUGUCUCUCUGCUUCUGCCUGUGGAAGUGUUUUCUACGUAAAGAAGUGGACUAACUUCUAAAACAGAAUCUGAAACAGGAGGCAGUGCUAGAGCUGCUGCCCUGCCUCCUCCUCUUCAUCAUCAUCAUCAUCAUCAUCAUCAUGAAGAUGCUCUGUCACAUACGAUACACACAAUACAAUCGUCCACCACCAACUUCUUUUUCUCACCCGUGAGGAGACGCUAUUCUGAAGAGCUCAGAUGAUGUUUCAGAUAUCGGAGGUUCAGUAAAAUGGAGACGAUCCACACUGUGGGAACUGAAAGGACAACUGCUGUUCUCUCUAACACCAUAUUUCUGUAUUUCUUUACUGUCUUUUUUCACCGAGCGAUUUUCACAUUCAAAAGUUCACGUGUCAUGAAAAAGAGAGUGUAAUAUGAAUACAUUUUUGGGGUAAACAGAGAGGAAGGGCGGCUUCUACUCUGUCAACAUUUGCAGAGAUUAUGCAGAAAAAUUUCAUGUUGGAAUUUUUGCUAGCACGUGACUCUCCUUGGUCUGCACUGUUUGACCUCCUCUGAGGAGACAGGCCAAAGUCUGAAGGAAAGAAUAUGUCACUUUGCGUAUUUUCCAUGAGUUGCAUUUCCUUUUCUUUUGGGUUUGCAUUUGAAAACAGCA